UGCGGCCCACUGGUCCUGGAACUUCGUCCGUGGAAGACACCUAGUACAAGAGCUAAAUUCUACCUCAGAAAUGGGCGGGCGGGGAGGCUCGGGCCCCUGCCCAGCGUUCCCGCCCAUCCGCUAGGCAGCCCGUACGGGUCUCAGAGAGCGGAGCUGUACCGGCCGGCACACGUGCCCGCUGCCCCAGGCCUGCUCCCUCCGCGCCAACAGGAAUAUCGCCGCUUCGGGCUGACGGCGGAGAAACUUGGGAGUCCGCCACAGGGGACGGAUCCCGCCUUGGACCGCUGGGGGAGGCCCUGGCGCCGCCGAGCUGAGCCCCGUUCGUGGGACAUCCAGGAGAGCUCGCCCCGGCCGAUGGUGGCCCGCGAUUCGGGCCCGACGGUGGCUGGCAGCGCACGGCUCCGGCCGCCGGUCGCCUGUCAAAUCCUCCGCGGGGCCCCGCGCAGGCCCCGCCCAGGUCCACUGCACGCGAGGAGGCCCCGCCCUCGCGCCGUGAUUGGCCUCGGCGGGGCGGCCACAGGGAGCCAGUGGUCGGAGUCGCUGUCCGGCAGCCGUGGGCCCGCCCCGCCGCCCGGGGUGCUGCCCGCGGUACUCGGCUGUGGCGGCGGCGGCGCGGCGGGGGUUGCGGCGCCAGUGGAGGCGCGCCGGGCCGUGCGUCCCGCGAACUGUAGCGGCUGCGGCGAGGUGAGGAGCCCCGCGCGACCCCUCCGCUCCUGCGCCAUGCAUUGCGAGGUGGCCGAGGCACUCUCGGACAAGAGGCCCAAGGAGGCCCCCGGCGCGCACAUGGCCUUUAGGGUGACCGCGAACGGCGGCGCCUGUGGGGAUGGUGGCCCGCGGGAUCUGUUGUCCCGGCAGCCUGCGCCACCGCCGCGUGCCCACGACCUCUUCCGGGCCCGGAGCCCCCGAGAUUACGGCGCGUCCAAGGUCGCUGCCUCCACUGCCGGGAAGGUGAACGGGAGCUUCAGCCACUGCACCCCAGCCUCAGAGAAGAGCCUACUGGACCUGGACCUUGCCGAGGGCCCUGGCCCUACCUGCCGCCAGGGCCUUUUUCUCCCUACGGGGUCACCCCCAUCCCGAGGCCACCCCCCUGCCUGUGAGAGGCUGCUGCAUUUCCCCAACCCCAACAGGUCUCCUGGAUCCCAGGCUGCAUAUGUGAAUGGUGGCCUCCCAGCCGCACAACGCAUCAAGCAGGAGUCCCUGCCUGACUACCAGGCCAUGGCUGAAACCCACAUACCGCUGUCCCCCCACUGCCGGGCCCCGCCAGCCACUGGCCUGCACACAGACCUGAGCCUUCAAGGCCAAGGCCUCACCAAUCCCACACCUUCCUGCUACCUUUUGGGCAGCGAAUCCAACUCUGGUCUUGGUCCCCAGCCUGAGACCCCACUUCCCGAGGGCCCCUCAAAGCGCUGCUGCCUCUUGGGCCUGCCCUCCUCCUCCUUGGCCUCCUCUUCAUCCUGUGUCUCCCCCGAUAGCACCCCCAUCAUCUGCUCCUCCCAAACGGCCUUGGUCACCUGUGUCAAUGGACUUCGGAGCCCCCCACUGCCAGUAGACCUGGGGGGCCCUCCUAAGCGGGCCCGGCCAGGCCUUGUGUCCACUGAAAGCCACGAGGGCAGCUUGCAGCUCGAAGCCUGCCGGAAACAAGGCUUUUUGAAGCAGGAGCCUACGGACGAGUUCUCAGAGCUGCUCAGGCCUCAGCAGCAGGGCUUGCCACCACCUUACCCGCUGACCCAGUUGCCACCAGGCCCAGGCCUUGGGGGACUGGGGCUGAGCCUGGCAGGCAGGAUGGUGGCCGGGCGGCAGGCAUGCCGCUGGGUGGACUGCUGUGCAGCAUAUGAGCAGCAGGAGGAGCUGGUACGGCACAUCGAGAAGAGCCACAUAGAUCAGCGCAAGGGCGAAGAUUUCACCUGCUUCUGGGCCGGCUGCGUACGCCGCUACAAGCCCUUCAAUGCCCGUUACAAGCUGCUCAUCCACAUGAGGGUGCACUCGGGUGAGAAGCCCAACAAAUGCAUGUUUGAAGGCUGCACCAAAGCCUUUUCACGGCUGGAAAACCUCAAGAUCCACCUGCGGAGCCACACGGGCGAGAAGCCAUACCUGUGCCAGCACCCGGGCUGCCAGAAGGCGUUCAGCAACUCCAGCGACCGCGCCAAGCAUCAGCGUACCCACCUCGACACGAAGCCGUAUGCCUGCCAGAUCCCUGGCUGUUCCAAGCGCUACACAGACCCCAGCUCCCUCCGCAAGCAUGUGAAGGCCCACUCGGCCAAGGAGCAGCAGGUGCGUGAGAAGCUGCACACGGGCCCCAAUGCCGAGGCCAACGUCCUGACAGAAUGCCUGGCCCUGCCACCACUCCAGGCAUGUACACAGCUGACUGCCAGUGACGGGAAGGGUGGCCGAGCCUUGGGCCAGGAGCUGCUGCCAGGUGUGUAUCCUGGCACCAUCACUCCCCAUAACGGGCUUGCAUCGGGCAUCCUGUCCCCCACUCAUGAGGGCCCUUCCAGGCAUCACUCACUGGACGCCACUGCCAGUUCGCACCACCACCUGUCCCCUCUGCCCGCAGCUGAGAGCACCAGGGACGGCUUGGGACCCAGCCUCCUCUCACCCAUGGUGAGCCCACUGAAGGGGCUCGGGCCUCCGUCCUCCCAGAGCCAUUCUCCAGGGGGCCAGUCCUUCUCUGCGCUACCCAGCACAUCGACCUACCCACCCUUCCAGAGUCCUCCACCCCCACCUCUGCCCAGCCCACAAGGCUACCAGGGCAGCUUCCACUCCAUCCAGAAUUGCUUCCCCUAUGGUGACUGCUACCGGACGACUGAGCCAGCAACCAGUGGGGACGGACUCUCUGGGGAGGCCCACAGUUUCCCCCCAUUGCGGCCAAAUGGGUACCACAGCCUCAGCACACCUUUCUCUACCACAGGCUACGAGGCCCUGGCCGAGACACCAUGUCCCACCGUGCUGCCACCACAACCAUCUGAAGACGUGGUGUCUGGUGGCCCCGAGGACUGCAGCUUCUUUCCCAAUGGGGCCUUUGACCACUGCCUGAGUCACAUCCCCUCAAUCUACACAGACACCUGAGGGAAGUCCCGGCCACCUGCCCUUGCCUGCCCUCCCUGCUCAUCUGCUUACUGCCCACCCCUGCCCUCCAUUUGCCAGGUUCAGAGCAGUUGGGCAGAGGCUUGGUGGUGCUGGGCGCUGCAGCCACUGCCUAGCGCUGCCAGGGCAGCCAAGUUGAGCCCAAGCCAGGUGUUCAGGUGCCCACUAGGGUCCAUGACCCUGUGCCCCUCCCUGGAGUGUGUCUUCCUGUUGUUCUUCCCCUACCACAGUUUUGCAAUCACAGACCUCGUGUAUAUAAAAUGUACAGAAUGUGUUUUCCAUUCUCCUACCAGUUUUAUAUUUUUGGUUUUACAAGAAAAACAUUAAAAACUGGAAACAAGA